UAUUAGGGGAAACUCCCCAAUGUUUCUAGUGUUAGAUUAUUAUGUGUAUGAUAGUAGUAUCAUGAUGAGAUUUCUAUCUUUCAGAGAACUUCAUCGUCUUGAGCUUGAGAGAGAACAUUUAGCCAGGCUUCAGCGCCGUGAAAAGAGGCAUGAGCAGUUGAGAUCCAAGAUUAAAGCUUUACAUCAGGAAUUAAUACAAGAAGAAAUUGAGUCAACCCAAAGGGUAACCCUUCUAUUGUCUCAGGUAGACUCUGUACGAAGGGAGUAUGAAUUGCUAGAGGCUAGAACUGAAAGACUACGCCAAAAGAAGCGUCAAUUUGAGCUGCUUGUAACCAGUUCAAAUCAAGUGCCUGCCUAUGUUGGUACUUCAAGUUAUGGUGUCCAAAAUAUUAGUGGUCCAGGACAGUUCAGUAGCACACAUAGACCUCAGCCAGAUGCAAUCAGUACUAUUAGAACAUCGCUUCAACUCAAUGAACAGCAAAUCCAACAUCCUAUUGCUCCUUUCUAUUCACCAUCUCUUCAAAAUGUAUAUCCCUCAAGCAAUACUAUCCCUGCAAGUUCACAACUACCAGGCAAUAAAGCCCAAGCCCCCAUGGUGAUGCUCUACCCUCAGACUGCAGAGCACAUAAACCUUCCUCAAAUAUCAGUGCCCCAGAAUGAAGGAAAUGUUUUGGGUCCUUCAGAUUAUAACCAACUUUAUUCCAACAAAAAUAUUGCGGACAAUUCAGGUAACGCUGCCUAUAGUCCCCCAGACACUUGCCAAAAGGGCCUCUGGUGACUCUCAUCUUUCUGAGGAUAAUUUUGCAGCACACAUGCCAGGCAAUAGAAGCCAGUAUAUAACAAAAACAAUUCCAGGGAAAGAGCAAAUAUCAGAGGUUGUAGUUGUUCAUGAUGAUGAGGAUGAGGUAUCCAAUAACAACAUGAAUAGAACAUCCUUAAGAACUGGUUACCAAAACAGUGAAAUAAGAGUGAUUAGCAGUAACAUUACAACUGCUAAUGACCGUGCUUUCAUUAAAGGACCUGGAAUGGCAUCUGCCUUUUCCCAACCCUCUUCAAACCUUACAUAUCAUGCACAAGGAUUGUCAUCACAAGAUCACAUUUUGCAGCCACACACUCUCUCUGGUCACUAUCCCCACCCGAAAUCUUACAACCUUUGCAUCAUCCUUUACCAAUACCCUCCAAAUCACACGAAGUACAAACCACAUUGGAAAGUGUAGCCAGAACAGAUUUUCAUCCAGCAUCGGCUAAUAAUCAAGUCACUUUAGGAUCAUCUAGAGAUUAUGUUAAUCAAAUGGAAGAUAUAAGAAGUGCAAAUCUACAUGCAACUCACAAAGAGUUAGGAAGUCCAUUGGCCGAGCAAGUAGUUUCAAGGAGAGAGCUAGAAGUGCUGGAUGAUCAUUCACCCCAUGAAAGGGGCCUGGGAUUGGAGGAUAUUAAUUAUGAGACAUGUAUGAAGCAAGAAGAAGAAAUGAGAAAUGUUCCAGAGUCACUGUGUCCAGCGAUGAAACAGCUUUCACAUCAGUAUGAUUCUAUAGAGGAAGAGAAAAUUGGUGAUCAUGAUGUUCAGAUUCUUAAUGAUGUUCCAGAUGAAAGGAACAAUAAUGAUGUAGCAGUUGAUAAUGAUAGAUCUAUUUUAGGAAUGAAAGCAGUUGACACAGGAUUACAAAAGGAUCCAGAUGUGAUUGAAGCAGACCCUGUUGAAGAACAGACCCCAGAGGUGAUUGAAGCAAAUCAUAUUGAAGAACACACCCCAGAACAGAUUGAAACAGACCCCAUUGAAAAACAGACCCCAGAAGCGUGUGAUUCACGGAGACCAAGUACUACAGGUAGCCAAGCAGAAUCAGAAUCUAUUCCAGAGAGACAAAAAGACGUGACCCCAGGCUCUCUUGAUAGUGAGAGGAUAGUUACAAUGAAAAGUGAUUCGAGUGAAGAAAACGAACCAGCACUUCCUGGAAAAAGUACCCCGGGAGAAACUACCCAGUCACCAUCUCGAGAGACCAGUUUCUCCAAGUCAUAUCCUCAAAACAUAACUAACAAGGUUGAUGAAGAUGAUGACUCUGAUUUUUUUGACAGAGAAAUACCAGUUACUGCAUCAAGAGCUUACAAAAACCUUGUGGGUGAUAUGUCUAUUGGAGGACCAGGGAUUCCUACUGAAAGUGACAGUGAUGAUAUUGAGGGACAAAUGUCUGCUCUAGCUGUGAGAGGGAAUCUGGUAAAGAAACCAACAUUCCGACCUUUUGCGUCAAGUAUUCCAUCAUUGCGGCCUAAACCUCCAAGUACAGACACUGAUAGUGUUGACAGUGUGGAAGCUGCUAUACAAGCGGCAAUGACGAAGGGCAAAGACGGUAAUUUGAUUGAUGAUUUAGUUUGUCUAAAUUUGUUACAAGAUAUGAAGAGUAUACUAUCUGAAUCUUCAGUUCUUAGAGUUGAAAAAUAACACAUUUUAAGAAUACUGGUGUAAAUUUUAGCACGUUAUCAAUAUGCCCUCAGCUCAGUUUUCAUUGAGGCAAUCCUAUCAUCUAUUGAGUGAUAAUAUUUUUUUCUACAUAAUAGUUUUUAUGAGUGAUUUUCUGGAAGUAUUCUGAAGAGGAAUGUUAAAUGAUUAGAAAGCAACAGUAAAUUUACGUAUUAUUUGGUACCAAGAAUGAUUCAUACGUUACCUUUUGCAUUUUUUUUUUUAAACCAAAUGAAUCUUUUAAACAACCUGCUCAUGUAUAUAAAGGAAUCUUAAGACACUAAACUUGGUAAAUGCUAAAAUGAUCAAUUGCUUCUGAUAGGUUAGUGCAUGCUCAUAUGGUUACCUUAGAUUCCUAAUGGUUAACUGCCUCACUUUUUAUGGUGUCUGAUUAGCUGCAACAUUACCAGCAAUGUUGGGAGAGCAGCCAUUGAAUUGAAAAUUACAGUCACAUUCAAACAACUGAGUAGGGCAGCAGAAUCUUCAGUGGCUCUGGAACCAGGAGCAGCAAGUGUAAUGAGCCUUGGCAACAAAAUACAUUAAAAGCCUGGCUGCUUUACAGAACCCCCGUAGUAACGUAUUCACAGUGACUGAAAAUGAUUUACAAUUGUUGGGGAAAUGGAUGAAAAGAUAUAAAGGGAAGGAAAAAAAUGUUGGUCAUCUUUAACAAUUCAGUCUAAGGAAGAGUUUGAGCAGCUAACGUGCCAGCACAAACUCAAAAUAAGUCAUUUAAUCACUGUGGACCUGAAGCGAUCGUAAGCACAUAUACUACCUACCUGGAGCAGUUCUUUUGACUUUCCAAGAAGCACAGUGUGUAAGAUUCACACACUCACAUAUGGUGCUAAAAGUUGUGUUUGCGAUAAAAAAAAAAAAAGCUUUUUGGAAUUGCAGUGAGUUUAAGUAAUUUGUUUAUUCAAGCAGUUCUUCGCAACAGU